AUGGUUCGAUACUGCUCUGUUCCAGGCUGCGGUAGGUUUAAUGGGCAUAGAUUUCCAAAACGUAAAGAUCUUCUGAUGAAAUGGAGAAUAUCCAUCCGUCGUGUCGAUCCUAGAACUAAAAAAUUAUGGUUCCCAGGCAAAGAAGAUGUGGUCUGCCACAUUCACUUUGAAGAAUCAGAUUAUAGGCCUAUUUAUAGGAAGACGGAGUCAGAACGUCAGAGGAAGAACUUUGUUAAAGAAUCUGGGAACAGCGAAGAAUGCCAACUCCGGAAACAUCAUCAUUUUCAAUACAACCAAUACAACGAAAUUAUCAACAAAGAAAGAACAGCUUCUGAAACAACUCAAACUACAAAUCCACUAACUUCUGCACCAUUCUCCAUAAGUCCUACAUCUACAACAAAAAUAACAACAAACGAAGAAAUAAAAACUUUCUCUGAGUCAACAACCUUAACAAUAACAUCAAAAACCACCCAAGAUACAACUUCAAACCUAACUCCACAUGUGAGGUCACAAACCACAACCAACCAAGAUACAACUUCAACACUUACUCCACAUGUAAGAUCACAAACCACAACGAACCAAGAUACAACUUCAACCCUUAAUCCACAUGUAACACCACAGAACACAACGAACCAAGAUACAACUUCAACCCUAACUCCACAUGUAAUACCACAAACCACAACGAACCAAGAUACAAGUGCCCCACUAACUCCAGAUGUAACAUUACAAACCACAACGAACCAGGAUACAAGUGCCCCACUAACUCCAGAUGUAACUUCACAAACCACAAGGAACCAAAAUACAAGUGCCCCACUAACUCCAGAUGUAACAUCACAAACCACAACGAACCAAGAUACAAGUGCCCCACUAACUCCAGAUGUAACUUCACAAACCACAACGAACCAAGAUACAAGUGCCCCACUAACUCCAGAUGUAACAUCGCAAACCACAACGAACCAAGAUACAAGUGCCCCACUAACUCCAGAUGUAACAUCGCAAACCACAACGAACCAAGAUACAAGUGCCCCACUAACUCCAGAUGUAACAUCACAAACCACAACGAACCAAAAUACAAGUGCCCCACUAACUCCAGAUGUAACAUUGCAAACCACAACGAACCAAGACACAACUUUAACCCUUAUUCCACAUGUAAUAUCACAAACCAUAAUCGAUAUGAUACCAACUACAGAACUAUCAACCAAACCCAAAUCAACUGCAACUUCAGCAUCAACAGAAGUAGACAGGGAAACAUCUAGUGAACAAAUGGACACGACCACCCCAAUACACACUAAAGAUACCGCAGAAUCUAUACAGUCGAAGUUGACACGCCCUCAUUUGAUUCUAAGGGCCUCUGCUGCAUUUCUUGGUAUUGUAGCAGUAAUGAUAGUCACGGGAAUAAUAGCCAGAGGAUGCAAAAAAUCGUGA